AUUCUUAAAAGCAUGCUGGAGUAUUACCACGAUGUCCUCGGUCAGCAGCUGUCUGAUGAGCAUUUGCCAGAUGUGAACCUGAUUGGGGAGAUGGGAGACGUCCCUGAACUGGGCAAGCUGGUCCAGCUUGUGCUGGGCUGCGCCGUCAGCUGUGAGAAGAAGCAAGAACAAAUCCAGCAGAUUCUGACACUUGAAGAGUCUGUCCAGCACGUUGUGAUGACAGCCAUUCAGGAGCUCUUAACCAAAGACCCUUCAUGUGAACCUGGGAGUCCAGAGACGUAUGGAGACUUUGACUACCAGUCCAGGAAGUAUUAUUUUCUGAGUGAGGAAGCGGGUGAGAAUGAGGACCUGAGCCGGCGCUGCAGAGAUCUUGAGCAUCAGGUUGGCUGA